CGCAAAACUCUGUUCUUCGUAUUCUUCUUCUUCUUCUUCUCCUUCCACCUCCUGCCAUGAACAUGGUAGAGUAAGGUGUCCCGAAGUCAUUGACACAGUUCAGUCUCACCUCGCCGAACGACGCAGCUGCUUGGCUGUGACAAUUCCCUCGACAGUAACUAAGCGACCACUCUCUCUACCAACACUCCAUACAUCGCAGAUCACACCAGUAGCUAACAAACAACGACAAACAACGACAAUGGCUGCUACGGCCGACGACUACAUCUUCGCGCGACAGUUACACAGAAAGGAGUUCGACAAGAGGAUUCGGAGACAGAACAACCUCCUAGCUGCCCGUCGAAUAGAGGGCUUAGCGAACAGAGAGGCCCGUUUGGCGUAUGCAAGGGAUCAACAGGAACUCGAGAACCUGACGGCAAUGUACAGCAAAGAGUUCAGUGAAGAAAUUGACGAAGAAAUGGACGAGGUCGAUGACGAAACAGACGAAGAAUCCGACGAAGAAAUGGAUGGAGAAGAGGCUGGCGACGGAACGGACGAACCAACGGACGAACCAACGGACGAACCAACGAACGAACCAACUGACGAACCAGCGGACGAACCAACGGACGAAGACAUGGAUGGAGACGAAGCUGAAGAAGAAGUGGACGAAGAAGUGGACGAAGAAGUGGACGAAGAAGUGAACGAAGAAGUGGACGAAGAGUUGAACGAAGAAGUGGAUGAAGAAGUGAACGAGGAAGUGGAUGAAGAAAUGGAGGAAGAAGAAGCUGACGAAGAGAGCGACGAAGUGCUGGAUGAAGAAAUAGAAGAAGUAAUCGACGAGGAAGCUGAUGAACCGCCGGAGCAAUGCCUGGCAUGCUUCGAGACUCUCGAUACUUUCGACACUAUUGCGGACCUACCUUGUGGACACAAAUACUGCUGGGGCUGCCUGGACCAAAUCCUGCUGGCCGCAAUUUCAUAUGAGGCGCUCUUUCCACCACGCUGCUGCAGGAGAGCUAUCGAUCUUCCCGCAAAGAGCAAGGAACAUCUACCCCCGGCCACGCUGCACGCCCUUGAACAGAAGCGGAUGGUUGUGAACACACCGAACGCUACAUUUUGCUUCGAACAGCUCUGUGGUGCGUUCAUCCGCCCGCCCAGCAACGGCGUUUAUGGCAAUGUUGCAAAGUGCCAGGAAUGCCGCCGUGAUACUUGUACUACGUGCAAGGCAGCAGCCCAUGUGGGUGAUUGUCCGAAGGAUGAAGGGCUGCAGCAGCUUCUAAGCACCGCGGCCAAGAACAACUGGCAACGUUGCUACAAGGAGGUGCGGUCCGCAUACCUGUCCACUGACCACGGCAUGACCGGCAUAUAA